UGCACCUUAACAAUGACACCCCGCUUCGCUGCGCUACUUCUCCUCGGGGUGGCGGCCGCACUGCGCCUGCCGCAGCAGCAGACGUUCAUGCUGCGCCGCGCCGCGCUGCAGCAGUCCGCCGCCGCUGCCGCCGCCGCCGCACUUCUUGCUGCGCCGGCGCAAGCGCUCGACAAGGCCGAGUUUGCCAAGGCAGUCGCAGACAAGCGCGAGGCAGAGCGGGUGGCGGCACUGCCUGCUUCGCGGCUGAAGACGCUCAGAGAUUCGCUCGCGAACGACGCACCCGCUCUGCUCGAGGCUGGCGACUGGGGCAAGCUGCGCAACGCCAUCGUCGCCGCCCGCAAGAGCACUGGCGCCCUGGUUGCGGAAACGAAGCGCGACCUGCGGCCGCUGACCAAGGCGCUGGACGCGCAGCUCUACUCGCUCGACGAGUUUGCGUACUCUCAGGAAGCCGUGAUGCCGGGCAUGUUCAGUGGCUACUGCGCCCAGGGCGUCGUUCCGCGCGACGAGCCUGGCGCGUGCAAGGUCCGUCCCACUGCUGACCUAAAGGCGCAGUCCGCCAAGCUGAAGGAGGCGGUGGCAACCUUCGACAAGUUGCUCGCCGAGGUGAAGUAAUACGAGGAUACAAAUAUAUGUGACACGUUAGU